AGGAGGGGGGGCCAGAGAGGAGAGGAGAGGGGAGGGAGAGAGCGAGAGAAAAGAGGUAGAGAGGAAUUCAGUCUGUUUAAAUGGGAAUCUAGAGCGCAGAGAGGAAAAGAGACGCAGAGAACAGGCAUUAAAAAAAAAAAAGUGGAGACAGAUUUAUUUUACGCACGGGAGAAGCAGGGAAACGAGUUGAAGAAAGGAAAGGAGGGGAUUGGAAAAAAGAGACAUCGUUGUUGGGUUUUUUUUUCCUCUAAAUGUGGCUUCUCUCACUCUCAUGACUCAAGGAGGAUUCCAGUUAAAUUCACCCGGUCGGGAGGAAUUGAUGGUGUCUUUUCGGGGAAGCAGAGCCGAGGGGAGGAAUCUGAAUGCGCUCGGCUGAACCAUGCCAGCCCUGUGGAUCAUAACUUUGGCGAUCACUUUGAACCAAGUGUGGUGCAUUCGCUUCUCCCAGGAGCCCGCGGACCAGUCGGUGGUACUGGGAGAACGGGUGGUGCUGUCCUGCGUGGUCUUCAACUACAGCGGCAUCGUCCAGUGGACCAAGGACGGCCUGGCCCUUGGCAUCGGAGAGGGUCUUCGAGCCUGGCCCAGGUAUCGUGUGCUUCGGGCUCUGGACAUCGGCCAGUACAACCUGGAGAUCAACAAUGCUGAACUAUCUGAUGACUCUCUGUACGAGUGUCAGGCCACAGAGGCCGCCCUGCGCUCCAGGAGGGCCAAACUCAAUGUACUCAUACCCCCUGAGGACCCGGUGGUUGAUGGAUCCCCGGAGCUCCUGUUGAUGGCUGGAACGCCAUACAACCUGACCUGCGUGACCCGCGGGGCCAAGCCUGCAGCACACAUCCAGUGGACCAAGGAUGGAGUCGCUGUGGAGGGAGCCCACCAGUCCACGGAAGUGCUACCAGACAGGAAGAGGGUGACUACCAGGAGCUACCUGCCGAUCACGCCAGCCGACACCGACAGCGGCCGCAACUUCACCUGCGUUGCCAGCAACCCGGCUGUGCCGAUGGGCAAGCGAGCCACCGUUAACCUCAACGUCCACCACCCUCCUAUGGUGACCCUGUCCAUCGAGCCUCGCUCUGUCCUGGAGGGCGAGAGAGUCACCUUCACCUGCCAGGCCACUGCCAACCCUCCCAUCAUGGGCUACAGGUGGGCAAAAGGCGGCGUGCUGCUGGAGGGGGCCAGAGAAAGCGUGUUUGUCACCACCGCGGAUCAUUCCUUCUUCACCGAGCCCGUGUCCUGUCAGGUUUUCAACGCCGUGGGAAACACCAACGUCAGCAUCCUGGUGGACGUGCACUUCGGUCCAAUACUGGUGGUGGAGCCCAGGCCGGUUACGGUAGACGUGGACUCUGAUGUUACUCUGAACUGCAAGUGGUCUGGUAACCCUCCUCUCACCCUCACGUGGACCAAGAAGGGCUCCAACAUGGUGCUCAGCAACAACAACCAGCUGUAUUUGAAGUCAGUGAGCCAGUCCGAUGCAGGCCAGUAUGUCUGCAAGGCCAUCGUUCCCCGGAUCGGAGUGGGAGAGACUGAGGUUACACUCACCGUCAACGGUCCCCCCAUCAUCUCCAGUGAUCCAGUCCAAUACGCUGUCAGAGGGGAGAGAGGAGAGAUCAAGUGUUACAUUGCCAGCACCCCCCCACCUGAUAAGAUUGUUUGGGCGUGGAAGGAGAACGUAUGGGAGAAGGAGAAGGGAACCCUGAUGGAGAGGUACACCGUGGAGCAGAGUAAACCUCCAUCCCAAGGCGGAGCCGUCCUCUCCACCCUCACCAUCAACAACGUCAUGGAGUCUGACUUCCACUCACCCUACAACUGCACCGCCUGGAACUCCUUUGGACCCGGCACCAUGAUCAUCACCCUGGAAGAGAUGGAUAUUGUUCCGGUGGGAAUUAUUGCCGGUGGUACGGUGGGCUCCUCCAUUCUGCUGCUUAUGUUUUUACUGGCGCUCGCCUUCUUCCUCUACCGCCAACGCAAAGGCAGUCGCCGCGGUGUCACCCUCGGUAAGCCAGACAUCAAGGUAGAGACGGUCAACAAAGAGACCCACAGCCUGGAGGAGGAGGCGGCCGAUGUCUCCACGGCAACCCGAAUGGUCAAGGCCAUGUACUCCUUUCUGCCCUCUGUUUCCCUCUCUCCCUCCACUCAGCCGUUCAAAGAUGACAUGGACCUGAAGCAGGACAUCAGGAGCGAGAGCGACACCAGGGAGGAGUACGAGCUCAAGGAUCCAACGAAUGGCUACUACAACGUCCGAGCAACCACCCACGAUGAGGCGCGCCCCCAGUCCCGUGCCAUCCACUACCAGGGGGAGUUCCGCUCUCCGAACCUAAACAGCGGACCAGCCGGUGCCACUUCCAGCGGACCCUCAGCUUCAGCCAGCGGUGCCGUUCCCCCCAGCGGGGUGCCAGGCUCGAGGGCAGGCUGCUACGACCCCCGCCCCCCUUCCAGGAUGUCCCAUGCCACCUACGCCCAGUUCAACACCUUCACCAGGGCGCCGCAGAGCCAGCAACCACCUCCCAAUCCGGCUCUUCAAUCACCCGGAGAUUACCCCGGGGACUGCGGCCUGCUGGACAACACGACGCAGCUGGCUUAUGACAACUAUGGAUACCCCUCCCAGUAUCCCAGCUACCGUAUGGGCUUUGCUCCACCUAUAGAGGAAGGGCCAGCUUAUGAGAUGUAUCCAACAGGACAAGGAACCGGGCCAGGGCCAGGGCCCGGACCGGGACCAGGACCAGGACCGGGACCGGGACCGGGACAACAAAGUCCUGAAACAGGGCUGGGGCAGUACGGAAGCUCUACUCGCUUCUCGUACUCGUCUCCACCCUCUGACUAUUCCCAAAGACACACACAGCGGAUGCAGACUCAUGUUUGAGAAACUCACACACACACACAUUGUUUGACUUGCUUUUUGCAGCAGCAGUACACAUAAAACAAAAACAUACAGAAAUACAGAACAAAAAAAAUCAUAAAGAAAGCAGUUUUUUUUGUUUGUUUUGUUUCCAUAGCAUCCAGUGCAUGGAACCAACAAAACACCCCAACAACGCACAGUAGUUAGCAGCAUCGCAUUUAAUACAGUUAGCAGCAAUACAUGCAACACACGCAAGGCGACGUCCGCACACAUUUGCGCAGACCUUCUGUUGCAAGAGAAAGCAACAGCGAGGGCCACAAUCAAGAGAAGAAGAGCACUUUGAAGACAGGAAGAAGAAGAAGAUGAAGAAGAAGAGCGCAAGGAGCUUAAAGGAGGAGCAGAGGAACCUUUUUUUUCUUCCUGCAAUCCUCGUCUUGCUCUUGGAUCAUCUCCCUCUCACCUCAUCUGUGUAAAUAAUGGGUCAUUUUAAAGUUAUUUCCUUGUACAAACCCAUACAGUGUGAUGCAGUACAGUGACCCGCUGAAAACCUCCGUGUAAUCCACACUUUUUUUUUGCAUCUUCUGACUCUCACAUAUUGCAAAAAAACAACAACAACACAUGCACACACACACACACACACACAAAGACUCAUUUGUUUCGAUGUAUUGCAGCAACGGGGCAGCUUGGACUAUAAAUAUAUUUGGCACUUUUUGAUCCUUUUUCCUCACUAAAAAACCUGCCCAGUGGCCAUUGCUUACAAGAUCUACCUUGAUAUAAGUGGGACAGAGCUUCUUAAAGUGGUACAGUUAGCGACCAGAGUGCCAACACACACACACACACACACACAAACACACAAACUAUGAACGUGUGUCUUCUUUUGUAAAGAGCGGACGCUCCAGACGAAGAGUUUGUGUACACGCCACAUCCGAGAGGAAAGAAAAAGGAGGUGGUAGCAAGCAUCUCUAUGUGCUCAUUCUCCUCGUCAUCUCGCAUUUCCUAAUCGUCAUGAUACAUUUCUACGACAUUUCACUCGAGGUCAAUGCUGUAUACAGCAGUAUUCGUGAAACGAGGUGUGGCGGGAGCGCUUUUUUCAUUCAAUGAAUUUCUGCAAUUUGUACAAAAAGAUACCUCCCCUACCCUCAAGUGUCAAAAAGUAUUUGUUUCUCUCACUUGCACAGUAGGAUAGAUUUUUUUUCCAUAUUUAUACCGAAACGUAUGAAGAAAACAAAAAAAAUGGCAUUGAGAAACAUUUUAUAGUAUUUUUAUAAGGAGUUGUGGACCAAAGGUUCAGCGUUUUGGGUGAAACUCACUUUUUAAAUGUGUAUGUGGCGACGUGAUCGUUAUUGGAAACGUUUUGAGUUUCUUUAACAAAAAAAAACAACAAAAAAAAGCGACGGAUGGUGUUUUUAAAAAAGUGGAUGUUGUAGACUUAAAAUUUAGAAAAUCUGAAGAGCUUCUUUCCAAAAACGCUAAAUAUCCAACAGUCUGUUUUGGUGGAUAUCUCCGUUUGGUGCGAAACUCUUUCUUUGACUUCCAGUCUUCUUGACUGGACUGCCUUUAUUUCGAAACGUCGACGACAUUCAGAUCGGUGGAUGGAGAACAAGCAGCUGCUCACUUUGAGCUGUAAACUUUGUAAGCAAUGGGAAGGUUCAAGCGUAGUCUAACAUAUCAAAACGAAGGUACAGGCGGCUCUAUCUAGCUCAUGUGGUACUUUGUACAUUUGUAUGUAAGUAUGCUGGUUUGUUUCGCUGCAACAGAAAAAUUUGGUGGUAUUUUAUGUCUGAAAUUUUUUUCCAUUAUAUCGUGUCAGCUUUGGUACGUGUGAUCGGCCUUUUACUGCACAGGUUCGUAAUGAUCAGUGUUUAAAAUGUUGCUACUCUACUCUAACCUCUACUGAUGCAGCUACUGUACAAGUCCCAUGUCUUAAUGAAUCUCCAGCAUUUUUUCUUUUUUUCCACCAAGACAAAAUCUAAUUUAUCUGUUUAGUUUGUGGGGAGAAAAACUCCAAAUUCACUCUAUGAUCAGCUGAUUAUAGAUUGUUGAGUGUAACUGCAAAGUUUGAGCCAUCUUUUUCUUAAAGUCUUGAUGUAAGAGGUUAUAAAAAAAAAGGAAGCCUUACUUUUGGAAAAUAGUUUUAGAGCUUACCAACGAUGGAUGCAACCAUUGACCCUGCAUCAGAUUUCUCCAUUUAGAAAAGAUGUCACGUCUUUAGGGAAACCGACACGAACAUCUGAUUGGUUGUCGAUGAGUUUCUCACAGCGUGAACGCUGCGUUGAAGAAACCUGUCUAAAGCAGCUGCUAAUGCUUUCGGAAAGAUCGGUGGAAUCGGUCGGCCUUGUCUGCCUUAAAGCUCUCACUGCUGGUAGGAUUGGUUGAUGUUUGCACACUGUAUGAGCUUUGUUGGUCAGAUUGGAUUGCACUCUUCAUCGUCCCAUCGCACGCCUUCACCUUUUACGGUGACAAUCAUGCGUUGACUCCACAGCAAGCAGCGUCAAUCUUCACUAUAUACUGAGCUUGAAGUUAUAAGGUUCCAUCUCUGAUGCACUGUUUUUUAUUUUUAAGGUACAUUAAAUAUGCCAUGACCUUUUUUUAAACUUGUUUUUGGCAACCAUUGCAAAUCGCUUGAACAUUUUUUUUUUCUCAGGGGCACAUAUGCUUUAUUGGAUAGUCAAAGUAAAGAGGGACUCUAUGCAACAAAGAUUUGCCCACUUCUAUCUCUGCCAUACAUUUUUCAAGCAGUUAAAAACGAGCCGGCGCUUUUACAAAAGGACCAGAAGCUACAAACUGCAGCCAGAAAUCUCACCACCUCCAGAGGUAAUAAUUGAGUCUUUAUACUUAUCAGCCACACUAUCAACUCCUCGCAGAUGCAGUAUAUUAUGGUAAUUUUGUGCUAAGGGGCAGUAAAAAUUGUAUUUAUUGCUCCUAUUUUGAAUAAACACUUUCAGAAAAGGAAACCACAGCCACGCCAUUUCUGAUUAGAAUAUCAGAUGGAACCUUGUAGCUUCAAGGUCACUAUAUAAAACAUUUCGGUAGUUAUAGAGAGGAGAACGGCAGAUGGAGCACCCUUUUAAAUUUAUACGGUUAUCACAGCCUUCGUACUGCAUACUAUUACCUCUUUACAACCUUUUUACAGAGUUGUAGCCGUGCAGUAUUUUGCAUCAGACUUGAAAUGUCGUCAUGACCUUGUGUAGAACGAGUAAAUUUAGAUACUGAGGCCAACAAAUACACGACCAGGCCGUCCAGGUACUUCAUUACCUCUUAACUAUUUACAGUGUGUUGACAGCGGGGACACAUAAAUAUGUAAAAGACACCAUAGAUGCCAAAAAUGCAAAACAGAUGUUUAGAUUUGGUCCAGCAGUGGAAAAAAAAAAGAGAGAAGGGAAUCUGGAAGUGUUUACUCCACUAGGUUUGGUAUUUCAUGUCUUUGCCCCUCUUUUCCGUACGUACCUCUCACCACAGUACUGAUACUACGCUUUACUCUCUCCUGUGUCAUAUUAAUAGCCACCUACCAGCUUCCAAAUUUAGAGGUUGAACCUGUUUUUUCAUGAAUAAAUAUAGAAAAAAAAAAUCAUCACAACAAUAGCAAACCUUUCUCUCAUAGCUUUCUUCCAAAUUUUACAUAUGGAUAGCAACCAAGCUUGCAUUAAUAUGUGUAUGUUGGGGGGUUGGGAGUGUUUUUAGAGAAUAUAUAUAGCCUCAUGAGCUCAUGACAUCAUCCCCAGUGUGCAUUUCUUUCUUUCUAUGAAAAUCAGUAUUUUCUUGGUAUUACUUUGUGGGUGUUCAUCACCAGUGGAAGAAAUGACUGUGGUCAAAAGUGUGUUUAAAUUUUUUUAUACAGUAUUUCACUUUAUUUUGUAUGCAUCAGAUAGAGAAGGGGGCUCUGAUUAAUCAACCCCGGUGUGUGACUGUGGCCAAAACGACUGCUCAGCCAGGCCGCAAAUAGCCAAAACUCUGUCUCAACUAGGCCAAACCCGGGCUAGAACGAGGCCAGACCCACAGCUAACCGCUCUGUUCCAUGCUGUGCUGUGCUCUGCUGUGCUGUGCUGUGCUUGCACCAUCCCCAGGCUGGGCCAAGACUGACUCAAGUGGCCUCGGUGUCCAUUUUUACCUUUUGGAGUCUUCAGUGAGUGCCAAAAGACUGUGCAAGAAAAACAAAAAAACAAAAAAAAGAACUGAGCAGACAAACAAAUGCAGCAGCCAUUUGUGUUUAUCGUGUUUUAUUUGUGCGUGUGUGCUCAUGGGUGACAGUGUAUACUGUAUGUGUGUGCGCGUGCACGCUACCUUUUUUUGGUGUCUCAACACAUGUACUCUAUCCAUCUGUGAACAUGCAUGUGUGUGUGUGUGUACAUGUGUGUUGGCAGCCUGUAACAUAAAUAUGUUGGGGACCGCUGGACUGCAGAAAUUAGAGUUUGACUGAUUGUUUCGGGUAAAUAGCAGAUAGAAAUGUCACCUGCUGAUGUGAGGGAGGAAAAAUACAUUUAAAAGGCAGCAUCUUACCAAAUUUAUAGAAUCCUUCAGAUUUAACAAACCCCCUUUUUCUGACCAAAUCAAAAAUGGUAUCAGUGUAAGGCAUUUGGUGAUGCUGAUGAACUCACAGGGAAAUCCAAAGGCGGAUGCACAAAUCGCGUUUCCUUUAAUGUGGAAGUCAAGGCUGCAUGAUGAGUUCAGUGUUACCGAUUCAGAUGACUUCCCGUCUAGACUUCUUUAUUAAAUCAACGUCACGUGAUGAAUCCCUGUUUGGAUUUGCACGCAGGAGUCGUGUACAUGGCAUCAUCUUCCCGUGCAUGCUGUAGCUUUAGCAUGGACUGGCACUUUUCAUGGAAAAAAAAAAAGAGGCAUGGGUGAAACUGAUGCAACUUUACAGAAAUAACUCUAUUGCUAUAUUGCCUCGGUCAUUGUACAAAAAAAAAAAUAAUGUUAAUAGAUCCUGUUACUGCAGCCUGUGUGUCAACUGAAAAUCAGAUUGGAUGUGACUCUCGCCUCCCAAACAAACGGUCAGACAACAUUACCACGACGUUAGACUGAAAAAUGAAGUCAAAUGCCAGUUCAGUCUGAUUAUCAGGCGAGUUGACAGAAGUUUCUGUCUGUUGCUUUUCCUGUAGACCUCUUUGCUACCUCUAGUGGUAGAUAAACUUGUGUAUUAGAAGAACAGUGACUUACAAAUGGACUCAAAUCUGAAGGAUUCUAACUUUAACCUGCCUUAAAGAGCUGCAAGGAUUACAUUUACACCCUGUUGAUUAGAUUCAGUUUGGAACCGUUGUGUAUGUUUUGUGGAAUACAAGUGACCACCAAAGAAACCGUAUCAGUCAGACUCUAAUGUAAAAGCAGGACAGCUGGUAAGGUGGAGUGAAUGAGACAUUGCGAGGCCUUAGGACACGAGGAAGGAGCCGAGCUAGUCCGCUCGUCCCUCAUCCAGCUGUCUGCUCUCUCCGAAACAGCUGCACGGCUGCACGGGAUUAAUUGACGUUCAGCUCGGUAUCGCGGAGCGUGUGAAGACAAUGAUGUGUGCAGCGACAAGGAUUCCAUAUUGUACUUGAAAAUGCUUGGAGUGGAGGUGUCCAUGUGGGUGUGAGAGGAACAGUGUGGGUGUUCAGAUAAGCAUAUAUUCUCCAUACUCCAAUCCUUUUAUUUUUUAUCCCUAUAUAUUGUCCACAUGUGUAUUAUGUUCAUAUUGGGUUUGAGUAUUGGUUUAUCCCUUUUAUUCAAGAAAAAAAAAACUGUACAAAAUAUCAAAAUCUUUGUUUAUUUUCAUCUUUUUUGUUUCAAAUUGUAUGUAAUUAUUUUUCCACAGUAUUACAGAAAAUAAAAGAAGACACGGCUUUCAUAAGA